AUGACGCCGUACACUCUACCCCUUACUUUCGACCUUCUGAUCGUCCGUCUCGGUCCCCAGUUCGCACUCCCGUCUGGACGGACCACCCUUGCCGAGGUUGCGCCCAGUCUCACUUAUCAUGGUUGUCCUUGCGCCGGUGGAGCUUCAUCCCUGACUAUCGCGUCAACCCUCGAGCACGAGCUCGAGGGCAUCCAACAAGACGGGAACUUUUGGCACUUCCCUCGUACCUACGUACAACAUGACGAUAGCCAACUUCAUAUCUUGGAAAGACAAGGAAGAGCCGAUAUGACUGAUGCUGUACAUAACUACCUUACCUUGCGGUACAAGGCUUGGGCCAAGGAGAUGGUUGGCCGAUAUUCUUUGCUGAUCACCGGUAGACGGGGCGGGACGGCCCCGGGAAAAGUGCUGGACGAGAUGGCUGUGGGGAGAUACAAGGGAGCCAUGCCCCAACCAUUCGUGACUCUCGAUCAAGUCAACGUGAACGAGAAGGCUGAACCAAGCGACUGGGUGGAUAAGUCGCUGGGGUCUGGCGGCCAAGCUGGACAUGGUUUUACAAGGGACAAUAGCAAGGCUGCCUUGAAUGCCCCUUGUUUGCGUGCCGUGUGGAUGGUGCGGCACCAGUGA